UCAAAACUGGCGCGCCAUGGCGUCACAGAAAUAAGGGCACCAACCGACCAAUCAGACGUCAAGGUUGCAAGUGUCAAUAUGGCAGACGACGACAUGGGAAGUUUUCAAUGACACCAAUUUCACAUUAUCUGACCUUAACGUGCUGGUCACAAUGGAUGGUUUGGUGGGUGUGUUGGAGGACUGGCUAGGGGACUGUGAUAGUGCUGAUGACAGCAAGCAGCUCUUUGAAUAUCUGCAGAGCGAUCACGACAGACUCGUGCAUGCAAUAUACACGCUUUGCGAUGAACGAUCAAGGUGUCCAGAUCUGUUUGAGAGUGUAGUGAAACAGCUGUUUACCCUUGCACGAAGUCAGGAUGAACAGCUGCGGGAAUUUGUUCUUCUAUUUGCUCCAAGUCUUCUUUAUAUUUAUUUGUCUUCAAUCAGCUUAGGGGAUAAAAAGGGGGUAGGGAGUGUUGAAGUUGCUCUUUUAGCCUUGUAUAACAUGGAAGUAUUGGAUGAACAAGGACAGCCAAGAAUAUCACCAUUUCGCCUUCCAACCCUCGCACGGCAGUCCGUUUUUCAUGAGCCCGCCAGCCUCGCCCCUGCUUCGUUUACUGUAGAUUCUCUUCAAAGACUGGAAGCGGGAGAUGCCGAAACAGUCCGAUGGGGACCUCCAACACAGAUGACCACUGUUACGGCUGCAACGAGACAUCACUUAGCCACUGCCAUUAUGGUAGCAUUUAAUGCAAGACUUGCGACAUUACCAAAAAUUGCAUUAAUGCACCUCUGCAAAGCUGCCUCAAAAAUUGUGAGCCAAGGAUUCAACCGACCUGGUCAUCAUCAUAGAUCAUCGUAUGGUAGUGAGAGCAAUUUCGGAAUCUAUCCCAGGCCCACCCCCAGAAUCCCUGUUACUUCAGAGUUAUUAGCAGAAUUGUUACAUGCUGUAUAUUUUGCCAUACCAGCUGAACGAAGUCUGCAUGACCUGCCACUGCUUAUGUCUGUAAGCAUGCCUCUUGCACACUUCCAUUACUCAAGUCACAAUGCCACCAAAGGAGGGGGGACCCAGUGCCCUGCUAUGAUGCCGAAUUGUGCCGGACAGUGUUACCAUAGUCCGCAUGUCAAACUACGCAGGUUCAAUGAGUUUGCUAGUCUGGGAAUUCAGUCCUUAGAAGACAUCCACAUGCGGGCGCAGUACGAACUCUUUGGUGACGUUUUGUUAAUGACAAAUGCAAUAAAGAACUCGCUUAAGGUCAAUCCUAGUGGUCAGCCAAGUGACGGGCCCAUGGGUAUCAGUGUUGCCCUCACUCCAUCCACAACUUCAGCACCCUUAUCAAAAACUAUCAUUACAAAUGCUUCCUUCAGGACCAAGAAACUACCAGAUGAUAUUCCCAUUCAGCAGACGGAGGAUGGGAAACCGCUCAAUUCUAUUUCAGAAGAAGGGGAUGGUGAUGAAAAAAUUUCAAACAAACCCAUUCGAACUCCUCAAGGCUCAGGUAGAGAGAAGGACAAAGAGAAAGACAAAGACAAAGAGGGCAAAGAGAAAAAAUUUGUGACUCCAAACAUUCCAAUACCUAAUUUAGGGAAGAGAAAAGAGAAGAGCAAAAACGGUGACAAAAAGGAUGGUGAGAAAAAGGGUAGUGAAAAGAAAGAAAAACACAAGCACGACAAGGAAAAAGACAAAGAGAACCGUAACGGAACCAGUAGUAAUCGUAACAGUGCUGUAAUGAACAGUGAUUCUGACGGCAAUGACGUCACCAUCAUCACGAGCCAGCAGCAGCAGCAGCAGUCUCAGCAGCAGCAGUUUGAAAUGAAAGCCAUACUCAAGUCUCCGAGACACUUCGAGACGAACACGUCUGCGGAAGACAUCACGCCGCCAGUCAGUGAAGGAGAAGACUUUAAGAGAGAAGAGGAAGUCCUCGAUCAUGUGGUGCAUCCAAUCAGAAGUCCAUUAGAAGUAAACGGUGGGCAAAAUCUAAUCACAAAAAUGUAGGUCACUGCUUAGAGGGCGAAUAGGGUUUCCAGUAUAGAACAAAGGGGUUUCAAGGGAAAUGUAUAUUGGCAUAUGCAUUUAUUGUUGACGGAUAGAUUUAGGUGAAUGUUGAGAUUUUAUUCCAUAAAGUCCAUAGGUUUCUAAGAGUCCUAGUAGUUUUGAGUUAAUGUUUUAGCUUAUUUUACUUCAAGACCUUGUUUUUUUGGGGGUUUUGUUUAUGAGAGUUUUACACAUUAAAAAUUUUUGUGUGCUGAUGGUACAUAAUGCGGAAUUUCAAUCUGCUUAAUGUGAACAUUUGAUUUUAUCGUUUCCUAUUCGAUCAUUUUCUAAAUACCAGUUCAUAUGCUUCUUAUAUGGGAUGAUGUGCUGGAGGAAAAUGAUUUGUUGUUGAUUAUUGUUUCCUAUGUAUGCUGAUUGCUGAAGUGACUUAAGCUUACAAGCUGCCAAGCAGUAUGAUGUAAUCAUUUCAUUGAAGCUUUGCUCGCCUGAUUUGCACUCGUUUACAGUAUGGGUAUGUGUUCAGCGUGUGGGAUUCUUUCAUAUACAAAUAUUCCUUUUGUUUGUUUAGGUGCUGAGUGUAUAAUAAUGAACUGUUGGUGAUGAUUGUUCUAUGUACGUACCAUACUCAAAAGCGAUAAUUACAACUCAAAAAAUUGAGUUUAGUACGUCUAGUGCCCCGUAAACCUAAGAAACAUCUGUUUUUAUUCAUUGCUGUUAAAAUUACUUUUGUUACUCAAAUGUUCCCUCUGUGUCUUGGGGAAGCCGUACUUCAGGUACGCAAGGGGACUCUUAACUCUGCUGUUUCGUUUGUGAAAAGUUCGUUUUUGCUUUAGUUGUCUUUUGUUCCCUGCUUUCAUCUCUUUCUUGCUUAUUUUACAGAAAAUGAACAAUUUGGGUACUGGUAGCAUCUGUAGCAUUCACCUAUGGCUACCAUUUUAAUGAGAAUAGAGGCUGAGCCAUUUCAUUGUAGAUGGUGUGUUUGAAGAGUUAUUUCUGAGUUUAAUGACAUGAGCAGUAUCUUACUUUGGCAAAAAGAUUUUGUUGGAGCUUCAAGGAUAUUCAGUAUAGCAACUUUUAUCUUAAUUUUUAUUUCCAUUCCCAAUACCUCUCCCCUGUGAUUCAUUUUGAAAAGAAAAGAGAUAAUUUGUACAAUAACUUCUUGUAUAUUAGUAAGCAUAAAUGGCUUCUUAGCUGUUAUGAUAUAGCUUUUAUAAUUGCAGUAUUUAAAAAUAUGUUUGCUGGCAUAUCUGUACAAUACCGUAAAUAAGUAACUCAUAAUUUUUCUUGUUAAUUUAGGCUAUGAAGGUAAUAGUUACAAGCCUCCUUCUUGGAAGAUCCUAAGAUACAUAUCAGUGACCUUUUACGCUCUCUUUGAUCAAUAUUUUCAUUGGAGUUAAUAAAAAACGUGAAAUAUCUUUUCAAUGCACAAUAAAGCCCUCACACAAGUUUAUGUUCCUGAUGAUAUGUAAAGCUGACUGCCAUUAUAAAAGUAAAUUUUGAUAUUGAAUCAAGUAAAUGUUCCUCUAGACUCUUCCCUUACCCUGGUGUGGAAAUCAAAUUAUAUGCGAUGAACCUUGCCUACCGUCAACGAUAGCUUAUAGUAUCUCGGCAAUCUGUACCAGUAGGCAAGGAGAUAUAAGCUAUCUUUAACAGUGGGUAAGUAUCCAAUAAAUUUUACCGAAGAUUUUUUUAUUUAUAGACAGGCAUUGAUUCCAUUUAUAACAAUCUUCUCAGUCUAUCCCAGUAAGUAUCUACGUACUACAUUUGUUUUAGUUGAGGUUUUUCACACAUUAUUCAAUGCUCCAGAUUUCUCUUGAUUGUUUUGUGUCUAGUAUUUCCCGUGAAGCUUAAUCAGAAUGAAAACUAAACUUUCUAGAUUAUUAUUUGCUAAGCAAAUGGUCCAAAUUAAACCAAACUUUGCUGUGGGUCCAAAUGGUAGAAGUUUUUUUUUUUUAACAUAUAAAACCAGAUAUCUAGUACGUAUAGCUACCAGUCAAUUUUACAUCAAUUCACUUUUACACAUGGAUGCUCAGGAAUGUAUACUUUGAAGUUUAUUGUGUAUAUUUGACUGUUGGUGUGAUUGAAUCUUUUAUCUGCCUUUUUUAUUAAGUAGAUUUAAGUAAGCGUUUUGCACCCUAUUUAAGUAUAUAUUUGCCAGAUAUUUGUAUAUCAUUAGUUUUUUCCAACCAUAUUAAGAGAUAAAAAAAGUUAGAAAGCUUUUGCUUUGCAAAUAUGCAAUUUUGUUAUACUAAUAUUUUUUAUUCGUGCAGAAUUCCUCUGGAGUUUGUCACUGUCUUCAGUAUGUAAUGUUAUUUCAUGUUCACUCUUGACUGUGUAUUGCUAUCUUCAUGUCUCUUCAAAAGAAUACGUAAUUGUAAAAUUAGGAAAAAAUGGUGUCUUGAAGAUUUUGUAUCUCAUUGUUAUCAGGAUUUCAAAGAGUCUCUUACCAGUGAAAUGGGCAAAAUAGUGGCAAGCAGUAUACUAGUGUUUGUACCUUUCAAAGCUCAAGUCCCACGUUAAUACAAAAUUUGUUCAGUUUAUUUCUUCCAGCCUAACUGUCUAACUUCUUUCAGUUAUCUUUCUACAGUAAUUUUCACUUUUCACUCAUAAACGAAUCAUCAUCUUUACCAGUUAUGUGAGAGUAUAGAAAAGUGACUUGUCUGAUUCAACAGUGAGAGUCAUACUAAAAACGAAGUUCUUUUGAAUGAUAACUUCUGUCGAGUAUUCUGGAAGUUAGAUUCAACAUGGUGACUUUAAAAAAAAAAUAUCUAUCUUGCCUCACAGAGCUGGAUGCUCCUGAUGGCAGAGCAUUGAAGCCUCUCAUGAUGUGUUCUUACACAGGCUGUAUUUGUAAAGGUUUUAAUUUUAUUCAGUUUUUUGCUUGUAAGCAAUGUUGUGCAUUUACUAAUUUAAGCUUCGCUUUAUACUCGGCUAAUGAAUAAACACAAGUGAAAAUUAGUGCUUUGUUUUUGAGGUGGAAAUUUAAUCCACAAUGUUUUCGUUCAUUGCAAUUCAGGUAUUUUGAGUUGUACAUUUUUUUCAUAUUACCAUUGGUAGAAAUAUUCCACUGUCUUUAACAAAAGUACCUUGAUGUAGUUGGUACUCUUUAAGUUGGGAGAAGGUAUACAAACACCAGUUUAGAAACUGAAUUGUAUGGUUUGUAGAAUACAAUAUUACAAGAUUUAUUUUCUGAAAUAUAUAAUUGAUUUGUGGUUAAUAUAUUCUUGUUGCAGGCUCUGUAUAUUUUGGUGUAAUCUGUAUCGUAAAUUGGUGUCUCUUCAUUUAAGGUCACUUGUUCUGAGGAAUACAGUUGUAAUAUUUUGUACUCUCAUGUUAGGUUAUACGUAUUAGUAUAGGGUAUCAUUUCAUUAAGAUAACUCCAACUCCAUUCUUAAAAUGCUUUUACCACUGCCUUUUGAUAAGCUGUUUUUAUACAAACCUCAUUCAUUUCAUAAAUUUAAUUACACUUUUUUGUACCAAAAGGUGGAAUGGUACAAUAUGUCUUUAUUUCAUAGAUAUUGAAAAUUAUACUGUAAUGGAUCCAGUGAUCAGAUUUUGCUCUUAUUUAAAGUAAUGAACUGAAAAAUACUUUCCUUACUUUUUUGAUUAAUGAAAGUGAUAAAUAUUAUAAAUGUGUAAUUUUUUAUGCGAUUAUAAGUGGAGUAGUAAAAUGUCAGAAAUAUUUCAUUCAGUGGGAAAGGUUCACCCAUAUGAUACAGAUAUCAAUUGUUUGUAUUUUUGGAGCUGAGGGUAGAUAUCUAGUCAAUAUCAUGAAGGCUUCUCUCCUGACUGAUUGGCUAAUUGGCUGAACUAUUUUUAAGACUUAACCAAUAUAAUUCAUAGCUCUUGAUUAGUAGAUUACCUGGUUUUCUGAAUUUGGUGAAUACAGUACCUGUAAUUGAAGGAAAAUCUCUCAUUUGAACUUGUUGUUUGAUAUAAGGAGAGGUGGCGCUCCCUACAAUCUGUGUACUGUAAUUUAUAUUUUGUUUCUCUUUAGUUUUGCUGUUUAACAUUCAUCCCAUACAUCAAUAGAUCCAAAUUUUAUGCUUGCACAGAUUGUAGAAAGCUUGAUUAAGUGCAGAGUAUCUGAUAUGUAAGUAUAAAGUUAUCCCCCUCAUAAUGACCCUGCGAAUGGGAAAUUAUGAAAAGAUUACAGGAUUGUUAUCUGUUAAUGAUACUAUUGCAAUACUCUUAGUCCACCUUUUGGUAUUUAGGAUUGUAAUAAUAACUAAUUUUUUAAAAAUUCUAUGAUGAUAGUUGGAAAGAAAUUUGUAUUGAAUUGUAUUAGUUUACCUUUUACAUGCAAGCAACUUCUGUCUUUCCUCUUAAAAUGAUUAGAUGUACUGCCUUUUGAAAUCUCCUGUAUAACAAACCUUUACUGUACUAAUGUAAUUUAGACAUUUCUGUGGUCUCUGCUAAACUUUGAAUAAUUUCUCAUUUUUUUUUUUUUUGUACAAUACAAAGAAAAUGAAAAUAAGAACCGUGUAGAUUGUAAAUUUCGUCUAGAACAGGUUCUUCUUAAAACUGAUUCAUCAUAUCAUGGGUUUACUACAUAUUAAUUAUUGCAUGUGUCUACAUUUGUGUGUUCAUAUCAUGUACAUAAACAUUUGAAAAAUGCUUUUAAUAAUUAGGUUCCUCUUCGGUAUGAGUUUUAUCAUCAUUUUCUUGGAGAUGGAUGGUUGCUUUCACUAUUUUUUCUCUGAUAGUCACAAGGGUUACAUUUUUUAGUCAGGGUCUUAUUACUGCUGUAAGUUUUUAUUGUGUAAUUUAUAAUCUUCACAUUUAUAUUAGAGAAAUUUGUUUAUGAAUUUUAAUGAGAUGUUAUGGCCUCUGUACAUAACUUAUUAUGUAUAUACUGAAAGCCUCACUUAUCUGUGUUGAAGUCUUCCAGUUUCAAGUUGUAAAGAUUUGUUUAUAUGAUGUAUGAAGGGAAGAGUUGGGGUUUUGAAAUAAGUUGAAUGUUAUGGAAUUCUGAUGUUACGUAUGUCCAUGUUUAAUCAUGUCAUCUCAUCAUGUUUAGUGCAGAUAUUAAAUUUCUCUUCCAUCUUGCUAGAUAUCGCUGAAUAUUUCACAAGGUUAAAGGGGUGUCUUGAUUACCAAAUAAUUUAGGUUGGGUCACUCCUGGCCCGCCCCUUCUCAUUAGCCACAGCAGCUAGACUUUAUCCAAGUUGAGCUCGUGAAUAAUGUUGAGAUUUUGAAUUUGAGAAAGAGUAAAUGCCUCAAAAUUGUUUGAAUACCUGAGAUUUUUUAUGAGAAAGUAGAUACUUUUGAGUUUCCAAAUCAUUUGCAUUGCAGUCUUUUUAUAUGACAGAGCAGAGAGCAGAUAUCAGUCUUUGUGUGCAUAAUCUUAGAGCACUAAUAUACAUGGAACAAUUUCACUGUGAAUAAAAGUAAAAUGCAUUAGUUUGAAAUGAGGCUGCUAAAAAUUUAUGUUGCUUUUGUAUCCGUUAGGUACUGUAUACAUACUUGGGGCUUGAUAAUGCCUUAGGUGAUCUGUUCACACUUUGACAGGUUAUUAAGCAAACUUAACCAAUUUUGGCUACUGUAAUUGGCCAAAAGUUUUUUGUGAACAAGUUCCCAGUACAUCUCCACUUUCAAGUGGGGUUCACAGCAACGUUGGCGUCCCACCUCGGUGGUUGCAAGUUCGAUUCUCGGCCAUUCCAUUGAGGAGUGAGAGAUGUGUAUUUCUGGUGAUAGAAGUUCACUCUCGACGUGGUUCGGAAGUCACAUAAAACCAUUGGUCCCGUUGCUGAAUAACCACUGGUUCCAUGCAACGUAAAAACACCAUACAAACAAACAAAAAUACCUACAUUAUUGAACAGAAUUAUGGUUUGGGCACAAUGUAAAACAGAUGAAAGAGAAGAUAGAAAUAGAUUAUACAGUAUAGUAUGACAGUUAAAUAUUUUGCAGGGAAAUGAACAUUUAGUAUUCUAAGCAUUUUGUCAUUUCCUCUAAAUAUUUUGAGAGUUCCUUGUAAGUAAUACAGUCGAUCCCCGGUAUUCUCUGGUGAUGCGUACCACAACCCCCGUGAAUAGCUAAAAUCCGUGAGUACUUGACACCCCUCUAAAAAUGCUUAUAACUGCCUAGUAUUUUGAUAGUUUAAACACCAAAAAACCCCUCUUAAAAAUGCUUAUAGUACCUGAGUAUUUUAAUAGUUUUAUCUCAAAAAAUGCAUUUAGUCAUGAAAAUGAUGAUAAAAAAACUAUAAUUAGUGAAUAUUUCUCUAUGAAAAAGACCGUGAUGAGGCAAGUUUUCCGCGAAUAAGUGGACAUAACGUUCCUCAGAAAAAUCCGCAAAUAGCUGAAACCACAAAUCUGGAACAUUGAAUAGUUUGGGGUCUACUGUUUGUUUUCAUUGAUAGCCAAGGUACAUUAUAUUCCCUGCAAGUGACUGAAAUUUACAUGGCACUGUGUGGAUUGUUGAAAUAUGAAUGUUACACAUUCUAUUAAGUUCAUCAGUUAUUCCUAUAUUGAAAUAAGCAUAUACAUACAUUACCAAUGGCUGUGGUAUGCAGGGAAAUUUUUCUCUGGGUUAAGAAAGUAUUUUCUGGGUCGUGAUAUGCUUUUACGUUACCGAAACGUACCUUACCUCUCUUAAGAUUUUUUGUACAUUUUUAUCUCUUAUAGAUGGAUUUUGAAGAAUUACAGAAACAUCUAAUGCAGAAACACAAAUUUAAAUCACUUUCUAUUGCCUUCAAAUACAAGUUGCAUUUGGUUAGGUAAGUGCUGUUAAGUAAGAUGGGAUGAGGAAGUGAAAUAGAAAAGUUAACGAUGCUUUCGCCAGUAGAGUUUUACGUUUGAAAGUAUUUUAUGAUAUAAUUAUAUAGGGAUUUAGUUCUGUUUAAUCAUUUUUUUCCUGGGUUUUAAGUUAUAUUUGUAUUUGCUUGAAGAUUUUCUACUAUCCUGCUUUUAUGUAUCAGUAACUUGUAGGGAAAAUUUGUAUUCAUUUUUAGGUUGUAUGGAAAAUAUUAGGUUUGUGGUUGGUUGUACUGGAAAAUCAUUGUAGUUAAAAUUGCUUGGCUUCAUAAGUAUUUACAUCUCAUCUGAGAAAGAUACUGCCAUAUUUCUGUUAACUGCUAAAUUUUCAUUAGGGCAUACGCAGCUAAUAAACACUGGUACUAAUGAUUUCACAACUUUUUGUGCUGCGAAAUUAUAACCUGUCAGACCAGCCUUAAAACUAUACGAUAGUGUUGUUUACUUAUUAAGCGACAAAUUAUUCCCAAACUAUUCAGUAAUGAGUAUAUUGUGGUGACUUAAGCUUAUCACUUUUGAAAUUUGUAAAAAUUUUGGGUAAUUAUUUAUGAUUUCUAUAAGGAAAGUAGGAAUUUAUACAUUUGGCGAAGACAUUUCAUUUGAAGACCUGUCUGGUGUCUAGUUUUUGACUGGAUGUUGAAUUGAUACUGAAAACAUUUUCUUACAGAGUUAUUAAGAUGAGGACUGUGGCAUUACAUUCGAUUUGGGUCCUUUAUUUCUUUCAAACAUAAUAAUUGCCAACUUUGAUUCAAAACCAGAAAAUGUUUACCAUUCCCUUGCAUUCAAAUCUCUGAAGGUCGUUGUGCGCUGAAUGGGCUUUGCUGCCCCAGUUCUUGGUGUUACACCUAAACUUUAUAAAGCCAACAACCAAUCCUAAGAUGUCAAAUGGUGAAAUUCUCUCCUUUGUGUUUUCUUAGAUUAUUUUGACUAUCCUCUCAUACAGUUCUCUCAUGGCUAAUAUUUCACCCAGUUAUUAUAACCUUGCCAUUUUUAAGGAGUGCCUAUCAUUGAUAUCUAAAUUUUGAAAGUAUAAUUACAAGUUUUGAAUCUUGAUUUUUUUGCCCAAAUUUUAUCAGGUUCCUCAUUUUCUCUGUUCUGUCAAGGAAUUUUGAAAACCUGCGAUUUCUUUCACAGUAGUCCAGUCUUGAACUCUUUCAAGUUAUAGUUUAAUAUUUACUGCAGUUGUAUGAUCUGGUUUCCAAAAACAUAAUAAGGGCCCCCUUGCACAUUAUGGUGCAACAUUCUUCUUGUUUGAAUUCUCUUCAUUUCAAUUAAGUACACUUGAGUUUGCUUACAAUACAGUCAAUAUUUGGGAUUCAGUAUGGGAGGUCAAAUUCUGAUUUUCUUUUUCAAAUUUAAGAAGCCCCACUUAGAUUAUCAUCCUUAAUAUCUCAUAUUUUCCAGCUUGUGAGCGCAGUACCUUUUUUCGUUGAUAGUUUGUACUAGAUAAUUAGAAAGUAGCAGAAUUAGCUAGUUUAUAAAAUUUUAAUUUAUCCCAGUUGAACAAUAGAAAAUGUUUCACAUAUUGCUUUCAUUAUCUUCACCUUUUACGAUAAGCACCUUAACUUCACUUCCAUGGCUUUCUUCUCAGAUGUUACAGAUAAAGGAGGCUUCAGAGUAUUGGAGAUAUAAUUCCCUUAGUGCAGAUUUGACUCAUUUUAGAUUUGCUGUGAAAUGGCCAGCUUUGGAGGAAUCAUUUAUCACCAUGUCAUACCAAAAAUCCCAAUACAGGCAGUCCCCGGGUUACGACGGGGCUUCCGUUCUUGAGACGCAUUGUAACCCGAAAAUCGUCGUAAGUCGAAACAUCAUCAAAAAUCCUAAGAAAACCUUACUUUUAAUGCUUUGGGUGCAUUAAAAACUAUGUAGACUGCAUUCUUAUUGCAUUUUUCAUCAAAAAAACUUCAAAUAUUGAUUAUUUUGCAUUUUUGGUGUAAUAUUUCUUGUGCCAGAUGAGCAUUGUAGGCGUCGUAACCCUAGAAAUAAUUUUUGAUGAAUAUAAUUGAAAAGCGCCUUAACCUUGAAACGUCGUAAGCCGAACCUGUCGUAACCCGGGGACUGCCUGUACUUAGAUCUGUUUCACUCACUUGGUUCUUCCAAAGACUUGUCAUCAUUAAUGCUUGUACGUAGUUGUGAACGGGAUUGUAAGUGAUGUUUUAUUUAUAAGGGGUAUAAAUAUCUUUUGUAUCUUUUGGAGCAGAUUUGUACAACACUGAUAUACUGGUAAAAAUAUUGCACAGGACUCUAGUCACCUAUUGUGACCUUCAACUUAACUCUUAAGAAAUUGUUGUUAUUAUCAUAAUCUAGUCCCUGAUCGGUUGUUUUGAUCAGUAGAAUACUUUGCUGUAGCCCCGAGUUUUGCUUCCCAAAACGUCUUAUCAGUUUUCCCUCAAAUCUAAAAAAGAAACAUUGUUCUGAACAGACUGGUGUCUCUCCAAAGCAACAAAAGGGACUGGGUUGCUUGGUUGUAUGACAGCAAUUCAACCUACGGUGUAUUUUAUGACUGAUUGUACACUUGUUGAUUGCAUACUUUUCCUUUUGUUCAUUUAAUGUUGUUACAGAGUAUUUGGGGUUUUGUUGUGGGUGAAAGAAGGAAUAGAUUCAGGGUCGCGUUGACCACUGUCUUGACGAAGCCACUUUUCCUUCCGAACUUAGAGCAAUACUUUAUGUCUAUGAAACUGUAAUAUUAAGGCUCAAUGUUACCACUGAAAAACAAGAAGCCUAAUGGAAAUGAAAAUUUCACGAUUAAAGUGUCCUAUGCAAGGCUAUCAAAAGAUUGUAUACUUUUUAAGAAGUUUUAUGAACAUUAUGAAUCAUUGCUAGUGUUGUGUUAGAUUUUACAUGUGAUAUGUGGAGGAUAUAGAUAAAUAAAAAUACUAAAGUCUUUAACAAUGUGAUGUUCCAUUAAAAGUGUAUAUCUGGUGGUGUAAGUCUGACACAGCUAUUACCUAAACAUUUGUAGAAUCUUAUUUCUCUUCAGAUGUAUGAUUAGAAUGAGGCUGACUGAGAAAUCAGUUCAGGAACCUGUUGUUUUGUAUUUAGAGAAGAAUGGUUUUUUUUUUUAUUUAAUAAAGAAUAUCAAGCUGGGAUAAGAUAAGAGGUAGACAAAAUGAGAAAAAGACAACAUUUCAUUAGUGAGAUAGCAGAUAACAAAUAAAAUGCUGUAUUGAGAAAUUUUGAAGUUACUUAUAGUUUAUGAAAUGUAAAAUUUUGUUCUCUGUAAAUAGCAGACUAGCAACAGUGAACUGCAGCUGAAACUCCUUUGUUUGCUUUGAUUCAUGCUUUGUAAGGCCCAGUUAUGAUGCCAUGUAAUGUGAUGUAUUAUGAUGCUUGCAUCUGAUACUUUGGUUUUCAUACUUUCACCAAACAGCAAGAAAUAUUGCAUUAGGAAUUGCUUCCAUCCACUGUAAAGCAAUGUUUCUUAUCCUCGUGCAUUAUCUGCUGAGCUUCAUAAUUACUGAGUAGUACGUGACUUACAGUAACAGUUUUGUGAAUGUUCUGCGUUUCAUAAUUCUAAGUGGAUUAACUGAAUGGAGGUACUGUAGAUUUUCAGGUUUCAAUUCAAGCCCUCUUUUUGGCCCAGUAGUAUCAUCCUGUGUUUUCUUCAACAGUUUUCUUAUCACCUUGAAAUACAGGAAAUAUAUUUUAUUCAUACCUGUAGAGUUGCAUUUUACAGGAUACGUGCUAUAAAAAUUGGAAGUGUAAAGAAUAUUUUAGUUUCGAGGAAACAUUUAAUUUCAUUAUAUCUAUCGAGAUGUUGUGUUAGGUAUUAUACGUUUUUCAGUUCUGUCUGCCACAAUACAUCUCAGGUUAGCUCAUUGCUGGAGUACGUAUCACAGGAAGAGCUUAAAGCAGCCUUGGCUUGAUCUUUCUAUAGAUUAUUAAUUCUGAAAUGCUCUUUGAAGUUUGGGAUGUCAUUACUAUAUUGGUUCCAUGAAGAACUCAUUUCCUACUCACCCUCACUUUUAAAAUAAAAGAAGUCGCUGCUACUUAGUCAUAGGUUACUCGAGACGGAGAUCAGAAGAAUCCUGAACAGACCAUCAGGGAUAUUCUUGGAAUGACUGAAGUACAAACUUUUUUUUUUUAUCCUGCCUCUGUUCCUACUCUACUUUCACCUCUCAUGGACAAAAAUCUUUUAUGUAGUGACUUAGAGGGCUUUUGAUUUGUACGAAAGGCAUUUUAUCUACGUAGGCUUUUAUAUAAGAAAGUUUUCCACUUACAAGUUUGGUCACUUCUUGACAACACCUUUCUAGUGUAUCGUAUAUGAUGAGGCAGAGUAUCUUGAAUUUGAGGGUAACUUUUUUUUUUUUUUUUUUUUUUUUUUUUUAUUGUACAGUGAUAAAGCAAGCUCUUAACCCCUGGUAUAGAGUUUGGGGCUUUGUAAUAAUACAUAAUUAGGAAAAGCAACUUCUCAAGGAUGUUUUAGACAUUCCCAUCAACUCUUGUCUCUAGCUAAAUUUUACUUUCCCAUAAUGCUAUGAAAAUAUAUACCACUUUAAAUAAUUUAUAAUUGGUGAAAAAAUUUGUUUGUUAGAUGUAAAAUGUUAACUCUUAUAAUCAUGAAGAUUAUCCCAGUAAUUCUUGUUUGGGCAAGGUGAUCUGGGCAAAUGGUUAAUCUGAGUAACUACUGUAGCUGUGAAAAUGUUAUGAUUGUGUUCCCUUCAUUUGGUAAUUUUUUUGUGUAUACCUGUAUUUUCUCAUUUGUAAUUAUUAAAGCAACUUGGGUAGUCCCUGCAAAAAUAUGUAUGAGAAUAUUUCAUGUAGAGCUUUUCUAGACUACUGGUAAUUUACAAUAAUAAUUGGUGACUGUAAAUUUAAUGUUUAAAGUAGGGUUUAUAAACAAGAGAUUACUCUGCAGUGACAGAGUGGUCGCCGUUCACCUUUUAUUUGUGCACCGUUUGAUUGAAGAGGUGUCGCAUAAAAGAAUGUUUUAAGGUUUCAGCAUUUGCAGUUAUCACAACCUACUAAGUUUCUCAGAAGACAUUGCUAAUUGUUAAUUUUGUAUAUUUAUAACCUUUAGAUGUUGUUUUCAUGGGUAAUGAGGGAUGAGGUCAGGAAAAUUUAUGUGAAGAGCUUAACACAUUUUUCUAAAAAAAAAAAAAAGUGAGAGAGAGAGAGUAGUUCAAGCCAUAGUUUCAUGCACCUUCAUUUUUUGGCUUUUAACAAAUGAAACAAAUGACAGCUUGCAGGGACUACUUGUGUUUCCAAGUUGUAGAAUUUAUAUGAAAUGUGAAAUGGGGUUCCUUAUUAUCCCCUGAAACCAUUUACUUAUGAAGAGAUUUAUUUGACAUUUCUCUAGAAAAUUUUGUAGAUAUAAGCAUAAAUGAUUUUCAUGGGAGGUUGAAAAUAGCCUGGUUGUUGCAAGUUACUAGCCUACCUUUUAAGUUGGGUUGGUAUGCAGGGGUUCGAGAAUAAAACUCUUCAUUAAGGGUAACUGUUGUUUUAAAGCAGAGGGAUCAACAAGAUUCUGGCAGAUAUUCCCCCUGAAUGUCACGAUUUUACAAAAAAAAAAAAAAAUUCCCUACCCACUGUCCUAGUAUCAAAGACUGUUAAGUGCCGCUGAUUACUUUACUGUAACUAAUGCAGGUAUUAUGUAUGGCCUUAACUUUAAAUAAAGAUUGGAUCAUACAUAUUAAAUGUGUGUGGUGUGAACUUUAAUUUUAUAGUGAGUUGCUUUGAAAUAUACAGUAAAUAUAUCAUAUUCCAACAUUAACAAACCAUUAAAACUAAGGUAUCCAAAGUAAUGUAAGUGCUGAUAUAUAUAUAUAAAUAUACUAUUUCUGCAUGAGGUAACUUCUUGUUAUACAUAGGAGGAGAGUUCCCUUGUCAUUCAACGCGCUGUACAUUAGGAAAAAUGUUUACGUGUGUGAAGUUAUGCAAUGUGUCCACUUAGGUUUUUGAGUCAGAUCUGCAGAGAUAUGAAAAUAAAAUGCCUAUUGCCUAAGAUGAGAAAGAGCAUGACAGGAAUUCAGCAUGUAUGUGGUCCAGUAGUUCACAUCUUUAAUUCAUGUUCAGGAAUAUUACAUUUUCGUUUUGUAACGUCUUGUCAUCAGGUCAGUGUUUUUGUUUGUCGCUUAGCAAAUACCGUACUCUUUAUGAAAUACGAUGAGACUUGUCUGUUGAUAUUCCAAUUGAGGGAUAAUAGAAGAUCUCGGUCAGCCUUUUUGUAUUGUGAUACAGUGAAAAGGACAACAGGAUGAGUGUUGUAUGGCUUUCAUGAAGCUUGCAUCAGUAGAAGCACCACAAGAAUUUGAUUGAAAUAAAGGCUAUUUUAUGCUGUGAAAUUUAAAAAUCCAUUUAUUGUAGUCUAAGUCAAAUAUGAAUUGUAAUGACCUAAUUUUGUAUCCUUAUCUUCAUUACACAGAUUUUAAUCUCCACUGUAUGUAUAGACCUUCUAACACCGAUUAGAAAUGGACAUAGUAAUCUGGCUAUUGUAUGGAUUGAAAACAUCAGUGCAUUGAUUGUCAUAUUAUUUGAUCAGAAUGAUCUGCUACCACUACCUAUGGAAGAUUGUUCGUCAUUUCAGUAGUGUGUUUCUCAGUAUGUGAAAUACAUUAUGCACUUUUUCGUGUUCCUUAUGUUAUUUGUAUCAACUUUUGUUAUGUCUAAUGUAUCCUGGCAGUUUUUUAAUGUUAGAAUGGAAAAAACAUUUUAAAGAAUCAGAACUGAAAUAUAUAUAUAUAUAUA